AUGGACGACUUGUUUCAUUUCUGUUGUUGUCGAGUUGUCAGCAGUGGUUUCCGAGUACCUGGUGCUCUUGUUGAUGCCGCUGUUGCUUCUCUCGAGGCAGAAAUUGUUGUCGAUCAGUCCAAUAGCAGCUUGACUGCGCCAUCUUUUGCCUUCGCCAAACCUCUUGUAGGUUUGGCCUUGUUGGCAGCCUUGGCGCUUGCUGCGCGCUGGAUGUAUGGAAUGUCUGGACGAACAUCUGAUGAAAUGGAAGAGUGUAUGGAAAGCGAACGUAUAGAUGAGUAUGAUAGUGAGGAUGACGAUGAAACCGACAUGAGCGAAAGUGAGGAUGACAAUGAAAUGAAUUUGAGCGAAAGUGAGGAUGACGAUGAAAUGAAUAUGAGCGAAAGUGAGGAUGAUGAUGAAACCAGUAUGAAUGAGAGUGAAGAACACCUUGAAAAUGAUAUGAGCGAGAGUGAGAAUGAACUGGAAACUGAUGUGAGCAGAGUGUCUAGACUGGAGGACAGUCUAGAACUGGAAGAUCUGGAAGACGGCAAUGAGGAACUGGAAGAGACCACCGAAACUGAACAACUGGAAAGCACCGAGGAAGAAGGAGACCUGCCUACACUACAUCAAGAACAUCCAGAUGUAGAAAUGCAGAGGUUGCAAGAAUCCCUGGAAAAGAGUCAGGCUAACGGCACUAGAAUGGAACAGCUCUUGAAGGAAGCAGGAAAGGCGAUAGAGCGGAUUCAAAGGGAACUUGAGGGCAAGGAUAUUUUGCUGGAAAAGAGGGCAGACGACACAGCAGCGAUGAGCAGACAAAUCGAGAGCGUCUGCCUUCAAAAAGAACAAGUUCUGACUGAAAAGCGUCGCCUACAACACGACCUGGAACUGGCUCUAGAUCGAGGAGAGAAAGCAGACAACUUUAACAAAGAACUGAUGGAGCAAAUAGUGUCUCUUGAGAGACGACUAGAGGAGACUGAACACUUGCUCAAGAAAAGGGACGAAGAUGAGACGGAAAUGAAAAGGCUCUUCCAGAAAGAGAUGGUCGACAAAGAAAGAGAUCUGCAGUGCGCUAAAGAGAAAGAAACAGAAUUGAGCCUCAAACUAGAAAAGAUAGAAACUUUCAAUCAAAUUCUUGAUGCAGAGAAUGAAGAUUUGAUGAGGCUCGUAGUAGACUACAGGGAGGCCUUAGACCAGAAGGAGAGGAAGGUCAACCAUCUGCAAGAAUUACUGGCACGUCAAGCGACAGAGUCUGAGAACGACCAACAGAAACUGAGGACUCUGGAAGUGCAAAUGACGGCCAUUGAAGGCACUGUAGAAGAACUGGAAAACCAACUGAUGGCCAUUCAAGAGAACCAAGAAGCUGUCCGGGGAAAACUCGAGCUCACUGAAUCUGAAAACUCUACACUUAGGGAGGUAGCAGCUGACCUAAAAGAUAAAAAUUGUGAGCUUGAGAAAAACCUGGCAGACGAGACCCACAAGAACUUGGUACUAGAAGAUCAAGUUCAGUUCCUAGAAUCAGUUUUGCACAAAAAGGAAUCUCAGUUGGUCUCUGCAUCAGAAGUUCUAAAUGCAGAAAGAGCGAAAACUGAGAUUAUGGCACAAGAACUACAAGUGAUGAGGAACUGGGUCGCAGAACUAGGAGCAGAGAAUGAAAAGUGCAAAGAGGAGUUAGCAGCAAAAGCAGCAGAAGUUACUUCGCUGCACAAAGAGUUAAACAAUGAGAAGAAGCUGACCCAAGUUCUGGCUGGAGAAGCCCAGGUUAUGAAGAACUGGGUGGCAGAACUAGGAGGAAAGAAUGAAAAGUGCAAAGAAGAGUUAGCAGCAAAAGCAUCAGAAGUGACUUCACUGCAGAAAGAGUUAGACAAUGAGAAGAAGUUGACCAAAGUUCUGGCUGGAGAAGUCCAAGUUAUGAAGACCUGGGUCGCAGAACUAGGAGGAGAGAACGCCACGCUUCAGGAUGAGGUAAACAAAACCCACCUGAUAGUAAAUUCACUUCUGAAGUCUUUAAGGAAGGAGAAACAGAGGAGCAGAAAUCUCCAGGAUGCUCUCCAUCGUGGGAAGGAGAUGGAAAACUUGCUGAAAGAAGAAAAGAAGAGAGGAAAUGAGAUGGCGACUUCCCUGAGAACCUUCAAAGAAGAGCUCAAUAAUAGGGACCUCCAAAUUGAAAACCUCCUAAACACGGAGAAGAAAUUGAUAUGUGAAAAAGAAGAACUUGUAGAAGAACUAGGCGUUGCUCUCAGUCACGGCAAGGAACUGGACAGCAUGCUGGAGGAGGCAGGCCAGAAGGUGACAAAACUCGCAAACGAUUUUGAUGAAGAGGUCCAGAAAAGGGAGGACCAGUUGAGAGAUCUCUUAGACAGAGAGGAACAACUCAGAGCUGAAAAGCUAGAGUUGGAAGACAGAUUAGAAAAUACUGUCAAUCUUCUGAUUAAAGAACAGCGGGAAAAUGUAAGCUGGCUGCAAAUGAUACAGGAAAGGGAAAAAGAAGUAGAGAAGCUGAGGAAAGAUGAAAAAGACCAUCAAGAACAGAGGAAGGAGAUAGAGAACAAACUGCAGGAAGGUGAGAAAGAGCUCCAGCAACUUAGAAUGGAAUGUGAAGAUCUGAAAGGAAAUUGGAGGAUACAAGAGGAAAAGAUGAUAAAGGAACAACAGCGUCUCCUGGAGCGCCAAAGGAGACAGGAAGAGGCUCUGAGGGAACAGGACAAAUACAUGCUAAUGACGCUUCUCCAUGGGACAGCUCAGAGGAACUUCCAUCUGCAGCACAUUGCACUGCAACAUGGAACUGAAACUCUGGACAGCAUCAAUGAAAAGGAGAAGCAAGAUGAGGACCUGUGGCUGAGGAAGGAGAAACAACACAGGAAAUAUUGCGAUGCCCAGCAAGAGAGGACCAACUACCCGAAACAGUGGGACGUCCUCACUCAGACGUUGACGGAACUCACUCGUGGAGAUUCUGACGAGAACUGUGAGAUUUCCAACGGAAAAAACGAUGACAAAACUUGUCAUCAAAGCAGUGAAAGAUGA